AUGGGUGUUCCGAAGUUCUUCCGCUGGCUGAGCGAGCGGUAUCCCGCGAUCUCCAUGCUGAUCGCGGAGAGCCGUAUCCCCGAGUUUGACAGCCUGUAUCUCGAUAUGAACGGUAUUAUUCAUAACUGCACGCACAAGGACAGCGAUUCUCCGACAUUCCGCAUGACCGAGGAGCAAAUGUUCAUUGCAAUCUUCAACUACAUCGAGCACUUGUUCGGCAAGAUCAAACCAAAGAAGCUCUUCUUCAUGGCGGUGGAUGGUGUCGCACCGCGCGCCAAGAUGAAUCAACAACGAGCGCGUCGCUUCAGGACGGCGCUGGACGCCGAGGUGGCGAGGGAGAAGGCCAUCCAGCAGGGUCUUGAAAUGCCCAAAGAAGAUCCAUUCGACAGCAACUGCAUUACCCCCGGUACCGAGUUUAUGGCGAAAUUGACACAACAACUGAAGUAUUUUAUCAACAAAAAGAUCUCGGAGGAUUCGGAUUGGCAGGGUGUUGAAAUUGUGCUAUCGGGCCACGAGGUCCCCGGUGAGGGUGAACACAAGAUCAUGGAAUACAUUCGGCGCGCGAAAGCGCAGCCCGACUAUCACCCCAACGUCCGCCAUUGUCUUUAUGGCCUGGAUGCCGAUCUGAUCAUGUUGGGUCUGCUCAGCCAUGAUCCUCACUUCUGCCUCCUCCGUGAAGAGGUGACAUUCGGCCGUCAAGUUCAGAAGAAGCCGAAAGAACUCGAACACCAAAACUUCUUUCUUUUGCACCUCAGUAUGGUUCGGGAGUACCUGGAGUUGGAGUUUCAGGAACUUGAGCAGGAAGGGGCUCUUAAUUUCCCAUUCGAUAUGGAGCGAGUGAUUGAUGAUUUCAUUCUCAUGGCCUUCUUUGUUGGAAACGAUUUCUUGCCGAAUUUGCCAAAUUUGCAUAUCAACGAAGGUGCGCUGGCGCUCAUGUUCAAGAUCUACAAGGAUGUCUUGCGAAAGAUGGGUGGAUACAUCAACGAGCAAGGUGUAAUCAAUGUGGACCGGCUAGGGAUUCUUGUGGAGGCCUUGAGCGAGGUCGAGCACCGGUUUUUCCAGGCCGAGAACUCCGAUGCGCAGUGGAUCAAGUCCAAACAGAAUGGAUAUGAUGGCUCUCUGGAGCUGAAACAGAAGACGAAAGAGCUGACCAUCACGUCGGCCCAGAAGGACAUUCUCAAGAAAGUCAAGAAGUACGUGCAGAAUCCGCCUGGCACGGCAUCUGACCCGAAGCCUUUGGAUUUCCCUCCCACGCUGCCAGCUCGUGACCGCACCUUUUUGGAACAGCUUGCGAAUGAGCUUCGAUUGCAGUGGUCCACCGUGGACAACGAGGCUGGCGAUCGAUUUAUGCGCCUACAGCUCCCGCAAGCAGAGGGUGAUGACGACAAUGACGACGAUGAUUAUGAAGAUGAAGAAGCAUCCAUGGCUGUCCAGCGUAUUAUUCGCAAAUAUGAGCGGGCCAAGGUCCAGGAUAUGACUGCCGAGGAGGCGCAACAAGCCGCUGAGCAGCAGUACGACGCCAAAUUUCUGGAAUGGAAAGAUAAUUACUACCGGUCCAAAUUUGGCUGGGGACUGGAUAAUGAGGAGGAAAUGAAGCAGUUGACUGAGAACUACGUGCAAGGGUUGCAGUGGGUCUUGUUCUACUACUACCGCGGUAUUGCGUCGUGGCCCUGGUUCUUCCGGUAUCACUAUGCUCCGAUGAUUUCUGAUGUGAAAAAAGGUCUGGGUGCAGACAUGAACUUCCGGCUUGGACAGCCCUUCCGGCCGUAUGAGCAGCUGAUGGGUGUCUUGCCGGAUCGCAGUAAGAAGACUGUGCCUCGUGCCUAUUGGGAUCUCAUGACGUCACCCGACUCUCCUAUUAUUGAUUUCUAUCCUCGUGAUUUUGAACUGGAUAUGAACGGGAAAAAGAUGGAAUGGGAGGCAGUGGUCAAAAUUCCGUUCAUCGACGAGAAGCGGCUGUUGACUGCCCUCAAAACCAAGGAGAAGUUCCUCAGCCCCGACGAAAAAGCUCGUAAUGGCUUUGGAGUUAGUUUGAAAUUCACUUAUUCACCCGAAGUGAACUUUGUCUAUCCUUCCUCGAUGCCUGGCGUGUUCCCCGAUCUCCCGAACUGCCACUGCAUUGAGAAUAUCUUCGACCUUCCUACUAUGGAUGGACUGGAGCCAUACAACGGUCUGAUGGAGGGUGUGCAUCUAGGCGAGGCGGCUCUGGCUGGCUUCCCUAGUAUUAAGACACUGCCGCAUGUCGGCCAAUUGGGUUUCCAUGGAGUUACCGUAUUCCAACAGGAGAGCCGCAACGAGAGUCAAAUCGUCACUCUUCUUGACCCCGGAAGCCGGUCCGGUAUCGAAUUAGCCAAGCAGAAACUUGGAAAACGAGUCCACGUCGGAUAUCCAUUCCUGCAAGAAGCUCUUGUCAUUCGUGUUUCGGACGAGCUGUUCGAUUACAUCCUUCCGCCAGGCGAGCCUCACAUCGUCCAGAUCCCUCACACUCCUCAACAAAUUGAACAGUUCAGGAAGAACGCAAACAAGAUUGAAGGUUAUUACAGCAAGCGUCUUGGUAUGAUCAUCGGAGGAGUUGAGUCUUUGGUCCAUAUCCAGCCAUUGAAGGGCAUGAUCAAGACCGAUGAAGGUGCCAUUAUGAAAUAUUUCACCGAUAUCCCCGGCCAGGAGACCGAUUAUGCCCUUCAAGUUGUUGUCGAUGAUGUCCUUAACCCUGAUGAGCGCUUCAUUGAGAAGGAGGCUCUCCCCAUCGAAGAAGAAUUUCCUGAAGGCUCUCGCGCAUUCUUCCUGGGCGACUUCAAUUACGGACGACCUGUUCACGUUACCGGUCAUACCGAUGGCAAGGUGAACGGAUUGCUCGCAGCUGUUAAGGAUCGCGAAUCUGAAUUCGGAAAGGCACGCGUCAGGCAAUCUGAACAACACUGCCCUUAUAUGGCUUCCUAUGCCAUUGCACGCAGCCUCAAUCUCAAUCCUCUGGUACUGGCUAAGAUCACAUCAUCGUUCUCCGUUGAUAUCGACGGCACCCGUGUGAACUUGGGUCUGAACCUCAAGUUCGAGGCUCGGAAGCAAAAGGUUCUUGGAUAUUCCCGUCGCGGACAGUCUGGCUGGGAGUUCAGCCAAAAAGCAGUGGAUCUACUGCAUCAGUACAUGAUCAAUUUCCCUGAGUUUAUUGCUGGAAUCCAGCGAAACCCUCAAAAGGACCGCUACGCUCCGACUGAUUUCUACCCUGAGGAAACGGCCCUUCUGAAGAUGAAGGAGAUCCGUGAUUGGCUCAAGUCUAUUGAGGCUAAGAACUUUGAGAGAGUGCCUCUUGAUGCCGAGCAACUGGAUUCCGAUAUCGUUGAGUUGAUUGAACAGGAUGCCGACAAGCUCGGCCAGCCCCAGAUGCAGGCCAAGAAGGUCCGCAGUGUUCCCCGUAGCGCCCUGCUUCGCCCCGCCGACGUUGAGCAUCGUCUGGGCAACCAGACGUUCAGACUCGGAGAUCGAGUUGUAUAUGCCCAGGACUCGGGCAAAGUACCAAUUGCUACCCGUGGUACGGUGGUCGGUCUCACGAGGACCUCGCGUGCCCUCCUACUUGAUGUCGUUUUUGAUGUGUCCUUCAUGAGCGGUACUACACUUGGCGGCCGCUGCUCGCCCUUCCGCGGGCAGACGGUGCUUGCGUCAUCUGUGCUCAACGUCUCCUUCCGACAGCUCAUAGCUGUUUCUCGUGCGGCGAACAACCAGCAGAGCCAACAACAGCCUACUCCCCUUACCGUUGUUGGGUACGGUGCCCCCUUGGGUCCGAAUGGGCAGGGCCAGCUGAAAAAUGCCUCGGCUCCUCCCCCAUUGAGAGGCUCAUUCAAGGGUGCCGUGGCCGGUCAUGGAGCUUCCCGCGGUGGUCACGUUUCCAUGAACAAUGGCCAUCCCAAGGCACUCCCGCACCGCCCUCACCCCAACAAUGGCCCUCCUCGUGGCCCCCGUGGUAACGGAAACCGUGGUCGGGGUGGACAGCAUGACCGAGGUGGCUAUACCUCUGUUGAUAACAGUGACCCGAGCGAGGGUAUUGUACAGAACAACCCGAACUUCCGCCCCCAGAACAUGUCUCAGAUGCCGCCACCCCAGGGACUGGACCGAGGUCGUGGCCGUGGACGAGGACGUGGUAAUGGAUACCGCGGCCGGGGCCGUGGCGGUCGGGGUGGUGCCCCUGUGACCAGCCAGUGA